GGAAGAGUGGCGGAAGUCUGCGAAGUGAAAGCAAACCGAGGCGAGCUGGGUACUAGUCGGAAAAUCAAGAUGGCGGCUGCAUGGCGUUCAAAUCUUGGUAAAUACGUGAGAGAAAUCCGUAUUCACUUGUGUCAAAAGUCCCAAAGUAGUCAAGGCGUAAGGGACUUUUUGGAGAAAUACUACAUUGGUAUUAAGAAAGAGAAUCCCCAAAUUCCCAUCCUGGUUCGAGAAUGUAGUGGAAUUCAACCAAAGAUGUAUGCACGAUAUGAUCAUGGAAAAGAAAAUUCUGUGCAGCUUAACAACAUGAGUGGUGAUGGAGUUCUCCAGGCAAUGGAGAAACUCAUAACAUCAGGAGCACCUUGAAUUUUUUCUGCCAAAGAGAAGUGAAGGAUCACUGGAAAUGUGAUUGUAAAAAAUUUUUUGUGAUGUUAAAUUUCCCUUCAUGACACUGNCUC